GAAUUUAGAUUCACAAUCUGAUGGCAAACAGAAAGAUAACCAGAUAGAAAUUCAAAAAGAUAAAGAUGGAUUUGUUAUACCACAACAACCGAUUCGAAAGACUGAUUCAUUAACCGUUAAAUCGAACAACAUUCAAAUCGAAGAACAACAACAGGAUCAUAUAGAUGGUGAUAAUGAAAAACUGUGUGAAGGUAGUGAACAUCAAUCUCAAACAUGCAAAAAACGUCUAGAUACACCAUUGGCUGCAAUGUUACCAUCAAAAUAUGCCGAUCUUGAUGUUACCGAAUUAUUUCCAGAAUUUCGUCAUAAUCAAGUUUUACGAUUUUCGCGCCUAUUUGGUCCAGGUAAAUCAUCGUCAUUGCCACAGAUUUGGAAAUCAGUCCGUAAUAAACGACGAAAUCGUCAUAUAUUUGAAAAUAAAUUAUUCAUUGUACAACAAACAAAGACACCACCAAUUGAUAAGAACAAUAGAGAUAUUUGGGAAUUUGAUGCCUGUCCAGUGGAAGACAUACCAGCCGAUAUGAUUGAAAUGGAUGAUGAAAUUCGUUUGAUGCAAAAUGAUUUUAUCGAUGAUGAACACGGUAAAAAUAGUGCCGGUGAGAAUGAAGAUCGUAAUAAGAUAGCUGAAUGGCGUUAUGGACCGGCAAGAUUCUGGUAUGAUCGUAUGAAAGUACCAGAAAAUGGCGAUGGCUUUGACUAUGGAUUUAAACUGAAAAAUCAAGAUUCAUUCAUUGACGGUGACGAUGAUAACGGUGAUGAGAACGAUGAUAACAACAAAGAUGAUCAUUGCUCAUCUGCUACAAAGUCGAAACAAUCACCAUUAGAUAAUCAGCCAUUAUCAAACGAUGAUGAUGAUGCUUUUCAUUUAGUCACACAAUUAAAUUGGGAAAACGAAGUAAUCUGGAAUGCUGAUGAAGUAAGGCAGAAAAUUCUGGCCAAAUUAAAUGACAAACAUCUGGCAUCUGGAUGGUUACCAUCAGGACAUAACCGUACGGCUACAGCAUUCACACAGCAAAUGCGUGGCUCAGCAGCACCAAAAUCGAUACCAAUACCAUCGUCCUCAUCAUCAUUUAAGAAAAAUGAUGGUAAAAAAAAUACUGCUGAUAGUUCUAAAAAUGAUGAUCACGAUGAUCAAUGGUUCUCGAUUUUCCCGAUUGAAAAUGAAGAUCUUGUUUAUGGACUUUGGGAAGAUUCAGUAAUCUGGGAUAGUGAAGCUAUGGAUCGUAUACCAGAACCACCGCUUCUCGUAUUGGAUCGUAAUGAUGAAAAUAUUAUAUUGGAAGUGCCUAACGAUGAAGAUCCAAAUGAAAGUAAUAAAAAUCAACCGACAAAAGAAAAGAAGGAAGGUAUACGUAAAUCUCGAUUAUUAUUGGGUAAGGCUGGCGUUAUAGCCGAACCAGAAAUUCUACAGCCGCCAUCACCACCUUCGGGUGAGAAAGAUCCAUAUAACAUAUCAAAUGAUGAAUAUUAUGCACAAAAAACAACCACCGAUGCGACACUCAAAUCCAAUGUUGGCAGUAAUCUAAUACAGCAUUCGAUUCCAGCAUUGGAAUUGCGGCAACCAUUUUUCCCAACAUUCCUAAGCUAUCAACGAUUACGAGCAUUUCAUCGUCCUUCAUUGAAACGAUAUUCACAUGGAGCUAUUGCCGAUACAUUACCGCAUGGCGUUCAACCAUUGGUCAAACAUAUCAAACGUAAAGCUAAACAACGUGAACAAGAACGACAAGCAUCUGGUGGCGGUGAAAUGUUUUUCAUGCGCACACCUGAAGAUCUUACCGGAAAAGAUGGUGAUCUUAUAUUGACUGAAUAUUCUGAAGAACAUCCACCAUUAAUCAUGCAAGUUGGUAUGGCCACAAAAAUUAAAAAUUAUUAUCGAAGGAAACUGGGUAAAGAUAGUGGAGCACCGAAUUAUAAAUAUGGUGAAACUGUCUAUUGUCAUACAUCACCAUUUUUGGGCAAUCUGCAGCAUGGUCAAUCUCAACAAGCACUUGAAAAUAAUCUUUUUCGUGUACCGAUAUACGAACAUCAAUUACCGGAAACUGAUUUUCUUGUCAUUCGCACCAGAGAUAAUUAUCAUAUUCGAGAAGUGGAAACUAUCUAUACUGUUGGGCAGGAAUUACCACUGUACGAAGUUCCGGGGGCAAAUUCAAAGAAAGCGAAUAAUUUUAUGCGUGAUUUUCUACAAGUUUUCAUUUUUCGAUUAUUCUGGAAAAACAAUGAUAAUCCACGACGAAUCAAAAUGGAAGAUAUCAAAAAAGCUUUCCCAUUGCAUUCAGAAAGUUCAAUUCGUAAACGAUUAAAACAAUGUGCUGAUUUUAAACGAACUGGAAUGGAUUCAAAUUGGUGGGUGCUGAAAUCAGAUUUUCGUUUACCAUCCGAAGAUGAAAUUCGUGCUAUGGUAUCACCCGAAGCUUGUUGUGCAUAUUACUCGAUGUUGGCAGCCGAACAACGUCUCAAAGAUGCCGGUUAUGGUGAGAAAUCUAUGUUUGCACCGGAUGAUGCUGAAGAUGAAGAUCUACAAGUCAAAAUGGAUGAUGAAGUGAAAGCGGCUCCAUGGAAUACAAGCAGAGCAUUUGUAUCAGCCAUGAAAGGCAAAUGUUUAUUACAAUUGACUGGUGUUGCUGAUCCAACUGGUUGUGGUGAAGGAUUUUCCUAUGUUCGCAUACCAAAUAAACCACAACAGUCAAAAGAAGAACAACAGAAAGAACCGUUGCCUAAAAAAACAGUAACCGGUACGGAUGCCGAUCUUCGUAGACUACCGUUGAAUGCAGCAAAGCAAUUGUUGCGAAAAUUCGGUGUACCUGAUGAUGAGAUUAAAAAAUUGAGUCGUUGGGAAGUAAUUGAUGUGGUUCGUACGCUAUCGACCAAACAGGUGAAACAACAAACCGGCGAUAGUAAUGGUGGACAGGGUGAAGAUGAUGCUAUGAGUAAAUUUGCCCGUGGUAAUCGAUUUUCAAUUGCUGAACAUCAAGAACGAUAUAAAGAAGAAUGUCAACGUAUAUUUGAUCUACAAAACAGAGUACUUGCCUCAACCGAAGAUCUUUCCACCGAUGAAGAUGAAAGCGAAGAAGAGGAAGAUUCGGAAAUUGAAGAAUUGGGCAAAAAUAUUGAAUCAAUGUUGGCUAAUAAGAAAACGAUCAAUCAAAUAUCACGUGACAGAGAGGAAGAGGAACGAAGAGAAUUGAAAAAAUUAAUGUUACGUGAAGAAUCAUCGAAUCAAGGAAUGAGUGGUGAUUCGAAAAAACGUAAAAACGAUUCGAAUGCCGAUGAUAAUGAUAAUAAUGAUGGAAAUGCUCUGAUGUCUUCAUCAUCAUCAACUGGUCGAAUCCUGAAAAUAUAUCGAACGUUUACGGAUUCGGAAGGAAAAGAAUAUGUUCGUAUUGAAACGGUACGAAAACCGGCCGUCAUCGAUACCUAUGUUCGUAUUCGUACGACUAAAGAUGAUGCAUUCAUCAAACAAUUUGCAUCGGCAAUGGAUGAACAACAGAAAGAGGAGAAACGUAAAGAAAAACGCCGAAUACAGGAACAGUUACGACGUAUGAAACGUAAUCAGGAACGUGAAAAAUUAGCCAAUUCUUUACGCAAUAGUUUUGGUAUUACGACAACGCUCAAUUCAACGAUGAAUAUUGGUUCGAUUAGUGGUGCUAUGCCAUCACAACCACCACUCAUUGCAACAUCUACACCUGCUAGUUUGGCUUCACCAUUUUUGUUUAAUCCCAAUCUGAAUCCUAUGGGUGUUGGUGGUACACCACUUGGUACGCCCACCACACCUAUCGAUUUAAUAUCUUCAUCAUCAUCAUCAUCGAAAGUGACUAAAAGAUCUAGCCGUAAAGAUAAAGAGACGAAUUUGAAAUUAAAAUGUGGUGCAUGUGGUAGUGUUGGCCAUAUGCGUACAAAUCGUGCAUGUCCAUUGUAUGGAAAUCCGGAAGCUGGUUCGAUAACAUUUGGCAAUGGAAAUGACUUAUCUGCCGACGAUAGUAUUGGUGGUGGUGGCGGUGUAAUUGGUACUAAUCUUAACCAAUCAUCAACCAUUUUGAAUGAAGAGAAUCUGGUCAAAUUGGAUGAAACGAAAUUGGUUCUUUCGAAAUCCGUUAUGAAACAAUUAGAUUUAGAGCAACAAAAACAACAACAAUUAGAACUAGAACGACAACAAAAGAAAGCGGCUUCAAUCAAAUUAAAGAUACCGAAAGAUGUACUGAAGAAACGGAAGAAACGUUCAGCUACACAGGAUAAUAAUGAUCGAUUGGAUUAUCUACAGAAACCUGAUUAUAAAUCAGCUAAUCGUCGUCGUACCGAUCCAUUAGUCAUUUUAUCUGAUAUAUUUGAAGAAAUUUGGAAUGAAAUGCGUUCCAUGCCCGAUUCUGAACCAUUUCAUCAACCGGUCAAUGUAAAAACAGUGCCCGAUUAUUAUAAUAUAAUCACUCGACCAAUGGAUCUACAAUCGAUAAGACAGAAUAUUCGUAAUAAACGUUAUAAAAAUCGUGAAGAAUUCUUGAAUGAUGUAAACAUGAUUGUGAAAAAUUCAGAGAUUUAUAAUGGGCCAAAUCAUGUUCUCAGUACAAUCGCUCGACGAUUAAUGGAAUUGUGUGUGUUGAAAAUUCAACAAAAAGAAGAAGAACUUAUCAAAUUGGAAAAAGUCAUCAAUCCAUUAUUGGAUGAAGAUCAAACAGCCUUUUCCUACAUACUCAAAACGAUUGUGGCACAAAAAUUGAAAACCAUACCGGAUACAUGGUCAUUCCAUAAACCGGUGAAUAAAAAAACGGUUAAAAAUUAUUAUGAUAUUAUUAAAAAUCCAAUGGAUUUGGAUACUCUCGAACAGAAUGCCACGAAUCAUGUAUACAAAACACGUGAAACAUUUCUCGAACAUGUUGGCCUUAUCUAUGAGAAUAGUGUUCGAUUUAAUGGUCCAGACAGUGAAUUUACACGUAAAGCAGCACAAAUUGUUGAAGUGGCAAACAUCGAAUUAAAACAAUAUGAAUCACAGUUAAUCGUAUUGGAAAAAGCUAUUGGUGAUCAUAAUAUUACCGGAUUAGAUGAUGAUAUGAUUGAUGAUGAAUCGAAUAUGGCCGAAGAAUAUGAUGAUGAUCAACAACAACAAUCAAUGCAACCACCACCAGCUAAACAGGCUAGAUUAUUUCAAGAUGUUGAUAUGGAUGAAAAUCAACAAGAUACAACCGAUAUUGUUGCUGAUGAUUUACAGAUUGAAAGUGGUGAUGAAAGUGAUGAUGAUGAUGAUGAUGAUGAUGAUGAUCCUGAAUCAUUAUCCGGUUGGCAUGAUGCUCAUCAUCAUCAACAACAACAACAACAUUCAUUUAUAUCUGAACAGCAAUCAUCAUCAUAUCAUCAAAAUGUUGAUGAUUUUGAUGAAAAUUAUGAUCCAUCUGAAUUUCUAUUGAAAAGUUCAUUUGCCCAACAAUCAACAUUGUAUCAUCAACAACAACAACAACAACAAAAGCAAUCGUUUGAAUCAAAUCGACAAAUGGCCAUCGAUGAUGAUAAUAUUGAUGAUGAUGAUGAAAAUGAUAAUGAUAUGGACCAUAAUAAUCAACCAGUUGUCGAUGUAUCACAGGAUCUAGAUGUAUCCGAUUCGGAUGAUGAUGAUAAUGAUGGUGAUGUUGCUGAACCAAAUGAUGAUGAUGGUGAAGAAGACAAUGAUUUAUGGUUCUAAUAAUUAUUUGCAUUAGUUGAGAGUUAGAACAGGCAAAAACACAAGCAGUAAACAAUAGCAUAAAAGUUAGUGUUUUAUGAGCAAAUUCUCGAGACUUAAAUGACAUUCGUAAACAAAUCAAAUUAACGAACACUACUACUCAUUUUUUUUGUUUAUGUAUGUAAUAGAUUACGAUGCUCCAUAACAUCGUCAUAAUAAUCGAUAAUAAGUUCGCAGCUAUGUUGUGAAUGGACACUAUUGAAACAUUGUUGGAUAAAAUAAAGCUUUAUUGAUCAAGUA